UUUCAUGUGAGAGGUGCAGGGAAAAUCAGAGGAGUCUCGUGAUUACAGUUUAAACUUGCGAACCACGAAGCCUGAUAUGAUCAAAUUGUGGAGCUCGUAUUACGAAACCUAGAAGUUGCCAUAACAAUGAUCACAGCUCAUCGACAAGAGGGCAACGAUCAUUGUCCGCGGGUAGACGACACUCGUUCUGGGAGAGCGCAAGAUGCCUUACAAUCCUAAUUAUCAAGACGAGACUUACGGUGCUGAUGGAUAUGCCUCCAACCAUGACUCAAGUAUGCAGUCUCAUGCGCAGGCGCAGGCGCCAAUGUUCCACAGGAAUCCUCAGAGAACGUAUGCCCAACCAUCGGUACAGAUGAAUAGCAACGCGUUGCAGCAGCCUCUGUAUGGCCAACAACAACAACAUCAUCAACAACAACAACAGCAACAGCAACAGCAACAUGUUGCUGGAUUACCCUCAAUGACCUAUGGGACCACUGCGUAUUAUGAUCAAAGCUUGUCUUCAACUUACUACCAACCGAUGGAAUAUGGAGUCAACUAUCAACAAUCAUUUGCACAGCCCACAUCGAAUUAUGGCUCACCGAGCACAGCUCGACUCGGCAGCGUUUCCUUGCUCUCCGCUGACCCUGGGACUGGCUAUAAUGCACCUACCGCCUUCUCACAGCCUUUGUAUCAGCAGCAAUCCUCACAGUCCGGCGCCAUGGCGCAAUAUCAGAUCCCGCAACUACAGCAUGCCCCAGCGCAACCUCCGUUCUACGGGCGACAGCUUCAGACGUCCACAUUUGAUGGCAGCAAUGAUAUUCCUCCAUCACAAGUGCUCGCCAACCAGCACGGCACCCAAUCUCAUCUGCUUCCACGGCCUCAAUCUUCACCUUCUUCCCAUGUGAUGCCCCCCAAUCCAGACCGUCGUCAUUUUUCCGCUGAUCAGCAGUCACAUGCUGUCAAUACCUAUCCUAAUCAAAGUCCAAACAUGGCAUUGAAUGCAUCAAUUUCAGGAGAGUCGAGGCCUGCAGUGGCGUCAUUGCCUCGAUCAACCUCACAAUUUGUUGUACCAGAAUCUGGGCAAAAUCGUCCGAAUCUUCAGCAACAACCCAUGUCCCAGCCCAGCUCUCGACCUUCGAAUCACUUGCAGGCUCCUCAGAAACCUUAUGAACAACCUCAAAUCCGCGAGAAACAAACUCCGGCUCAUCUCCAACAUGCACAAAUAUUAACACAACCCUCAAUACCACCACAAGUGAAAGCGGAAUACCAAACCCAGGCCUCGGUUCUGCCAGCACCUCAAAUACCAGUCACAUCUGAGGGGCCAAAGUUGGCCACGUCCCUGAAACCUCAGCAAAAGAGCGCAACUAAAAAGCUGCCGACCAAUCGUGGCGGCCAAACGACUCAGGGUCCUUCCAGGGCUCCUGCUCAUACUGUGAAACGACAAAAGUCAGAAGGUGUCGCGGCAACGGUCACGUCGAAGUCUGGCCCCAAAGUCAACGGACAUGCCCACAUGCAGGCGGCACGACAAUUGCCGGCAUCAUCGCCGCUAACAGAGCUUGCUUCCUCCCAGUUUCCACCAACGCCUCCAAACCACCCGAGCGUUGACUACCAAGCGGCGUUAUUGACUUUGUCGGACGAAUACAUUACUGCCGCUUACAGCAUCAGUACGUCACUUGCUGGAGGCGAAGUGGUGGAAGAUCGGUUGGACGAAUAUUUCGCCCUGUUGAGCACAGGUAUGAGUUGCCUUGAGUCGGUGCUCAACAACUAUCGCAUAUUGGACGCUCGAAAGGAAGCUUGCAUCCGUUUAAGAUUAGCCAGCCUCAUGUACGAAGAAACUGACAACGAUUCGGAUGCUGAGGCGAUACUCACGAAAGGCAUUGCACUUUGUGAAAGAGCGCGCCUUUCCGAUCCCAAAUAUUCCAUGCAUCAUCUCCUGGCCCGUAUCUGGUUCAAAGCCGGUCAGGCUCGAGCCGCGAUGAAAGCGGUCGAUAAGCUCAUUGACGAAGUGCAAAAGCUUCACCUGACGCAUUGGGUUUACGUAUUCAGAUUCUUGCGAGUCUCGUUCGGAUUACAAACGGAUACAGCUCAUCAGGAGCUAGGGGCGCUUGUUAAACAGCUUGCAGCCGUUGUUGUCGCGGCAUCCCAAACUCACGCCGUUGCUGUCAUUAUUGUCGCCAGUGGCAUGGAAGCACUGAUGCAUCUCCGAGCGCAAACACCGGACAGUGUCGAUCUUGCUCAGAGAGCACUCGCAACAGCACGUACACACCAGCUCUCUGCAGAAAUGGCGGCCAUGCCUCAAGUACGAGCCCUUUUGGAUGCUGCUGAUCUUGCCUGCCACUUGACACGUUUGAAUCCAGAUCAGGCCACAACCAAGUUGUCAAAUUUUCGCAAAAAUCUGGAUGACUACUACGAAGAUCCUGAACAGAGCAAGGAUGGAUGCUGGCUCCUACCGCUUUCUGAAUUUGCGGCCAAUUCUGAUGACAUUGAGCGAGAUACCGGCGGAAUUCUGAGACAGACUCCUAUGGGUCAGUAUGGACUAUCAAUGUCAUGGCUGACACGGACUCAGGCGACAACUCUUGGAUUUCUAUUGAGCGGUGUCACUAGUUUACAGAAGGCCAAUAUCGAGCAGAUGCCGGAGACGUUUCUCGGCGAGGGAAUCAGCCUUAACAAGGUAGCCCUUGAGAACAAUCGGGAAUCUUUGUCGACAGCCUCUCGACACACAUCCUGGCAGGAUCGGAUGCGCAUCACCCUGCAAGCCUACGUGGUGUUCUCACGGUGCGCUCGGGCUGACUGGGAGGUUGCGAUGAAAGGUAUGGGUAGUAUCCGCCAGUACAUCGUGACGGCAGGAGUCACCUUGGACGAGGACACUGCGGUCCUAGUCGACUAUCUCGAAGCCAUCGGUAAGCAUGGCUUAGGUCAUCUUAAGCAAGCUCUAGACCUGUACCGCAAACCAAGUCUGCGAUUGCCCGCAGCACUGGACAGCAGAGCUUUUCAAAGCAUCAAUUCCGCGCAUCUAAAAGUGCUAGCAGCAUUAAACAGCAUCCUCAUAUUGCGCAAACUCGGGGCAUCGGCAGAGGCCGAUGCUCUCUUGCAUCGGAUAGAGCCAAUGUGCAUCACACAAUAUAGCAGCAACGGCAGCGAGCACGGUAACAAAGCCAUGGAGUCGGCUUUCCAUGCCCUGAAAGCCACCGCGCCUGAGAUGACCAUCAUCAAGACUAAGCAAUACAUUCAAUUUGCCAUUGGAGCGGCGCAGAAGGUGGGGAACGAUCGCCUGCUGAACAUCGUGAUGAAUCACAUGACGCAUCUGUUCUUCGCCAACAUUGUCGGCAGACAGGCCGAGCAAUCGGCGAAGGUGGGCCGUGCGCUGGCCAAAAGAUCAGGAGACCGUUUGUGGAUGGCUGUGGCCGACCGCAUGUUGUGUGAAACAGCAGAGAAGAGUGGAAACAUGACUGAGGCGCAGACCGCAAUUCAAGAAGGCGAGCAAGCCAUGUCGCGACUGCCGGAGUCAUUGAAAGCAGCACUCUUUGCUCCGGAGCUUUAGGUGUUUUGAAUGCUUGGUGUUGGGGGGUUUAUGUACGUGUGGUAAUCGUUAAGCUUAAGAUUCUAUUUAGCAAAGUUACAUUAGUAAAUCAUGGGGCCCAGUCCCUCAGAACUCCUCUUGCUCUCUAAAGAAUAGUCCAAAUGCGAUGAUC